CUCGAGCGCCCUCUUUUAAUCAAAAUAUCAACAUGGCAGCGCCCAUGUUCACGAUGUUUAGACCACUCAAAUCUAAUUUAAUUUUAGGAUAUCGAGUGCUAAAAUGUAAACAUUUGUUAUCUCAAUAUGUUACGAUUAACCCGAACAAUCGAUGCUCUUUCGGGCUGUUUUCAACCUUGUACAACUGCAGAAGUAUUGACGGUGAGAAAAACUCAGGCCUAGGUCUAGCUGUAUGUUCAGGUUCGAUAGCGACGAAAGGACCUGCACAGCCACGACAGCAUGGCCUGCUAGCACAGAAUUAUAUUGCAUCCUUUAGGCCUAGCCAUUCGUUAAGACAAUUCCCGGUUCGUUAUUGUCAUUUAUCAUUAAUAUGCUGGAAUUGUCAGAGUAAUCUGUCAUCUACUGAUCUAGGCAUGAACUAUUUUUGUGAUUCUUGUAAAAUCAUUCAACCAUGCCAAGAAAACAUUGAUCAUUUCCAAAGAAUGAACAUACCAAGGUCAUUUGAUGUCAAUACAAGUGAACUGACUCAGACAUUCCGCAAGUUCCAACGUUUACUCCAUCCGGAUAAAUUCAGUCAGAAGUCUCCUAAAGAACAGGAAUUCUCUGCUGCUCAAUCGUCUUCUGUCAACAAAGCAUAUUCGAUAUUGUUGAAACCACUCAAUCGAGGACUGUAUUUGUUGGAAUUGCUAGGUUACCCUAUUGAAGAAGGUGACUCGAUGGUUGACAGUGCCUUCCUCAUGGACAUGAUGGAGCUAAAUGAAAAGCUUUCUGAAACAUCAGACCUGGAGACUGUAAAGAAAAUCGGUGAAAAUAAUGUGCAGAAAAUGAACAAACUUCUGAAAGAACUUGCCGAGCUGUUUAAACAUGAUAGAUUAAAAGAAGCACGAGAUGUAUUAGCAAAGUUAAAAUAUUUUACUAAUAUUGAUGACAAAGUGAAGGAGAAACUUGGAACAUCGACAGUUGCAUGAUAUGUGCCAUAGAAUUUGAAACAUUCAUGCAACUUGCAAAAUCAUUAUCAAAAUAGCCAUUAGCAAUUAUUAAUUAAUGUAAUUUCUUAAUUAAAUGAGUAAUUUAUAAUUGGCUGACUGUUAAAUGACACAUAUGCACAGUUUGUUGGAUAUGUGGAGUUUCUAAGGUAGUCUAAUGUUCAAUUAUUGCAAACUUGUUCUAAAAUUUCAUAUCACUUUAAAAACAACUGAAAUAACUGCAGGCUGUUUAGUUAAUUGAAUACCUAUUCUGAACACCUAUAAAUAAAUAUUACAUUAAAUCAUUGUUGAAAUCUAGAACAGAGCUAUUCAAUAAUAUGUGCAUAUCAAUUUGAAAAUCUGACAAAGUACAGUAAACUAAUGUAAAUGGUGAUAAUCAAACUUGUGUGUGUAUGUCUGUGUGCCAGAUGGUGGUGGGGGAGGCUGGUCUUUGUUAACCUAUGACAUUUUUUUUAGCUCAGUCUUCAGCUGCAUUAAAAGAUUCCUCCCCAGAAAAAUACAGAUGCAAUUGCAAUUCUUAACGGCAGUCGUUAUCUCAGACUUUCCAACACCUGGAACUCCAAAUUCGGGAGACUGGACGCGCCCUUGUGAAUUUCACCCGAGCUUCAGAAAUGUUAAAACUCUUGGAAAGUCUGCACAGCAACAUCGUCGUUGAUAAAGUUUGUGCACAAUGGAAAAAUUGACUCAGAAAUACUCAAUUAUUGACUGUCCAGCUAUCAAUUUUUUUUCACAAAAACAUGUGACAUGCCUAAAUAUGGUCAUGAUGACAUCACAUCAUGACCAUAUAUAGGCACAUCAUGACUAUAUAUGGGCAUACAACGGUUUGUCAAAGAAAUUUUAUAAUCUGGAAGAGUUUUACAACUUGUUGAAAUUCACUAAUGUGCUGAAGGGAAUAUGAAUCCCAAGAUAUGUGUUUCAUAACAGAUAUAUAUGUAUAGGAAAUUCUAAGUAUUGCUCAAUAAACUUCACUGUAGAAUAAAAAAAAUAUAUAAGA